AUGAACCCAAAUGUGGGUACGGCGGCAUCAAGAGUGAGGUACUUUAUGAGGAUAAACCCUUCAGAAUUUUAUGGCUCCAAGGUUGAGAAAGAUCCUCAAGAGUUUAUCGAUGAGGUCACUUGCUAUCAUGGGAGUGACUCCGGUAGAGAAGGUGGAAUUGGCCGUUUACCAAAUCAAAGGUUUUUCGGUAAAGGUUCCUCCAAUGCUCCUCCUAAGUUCAACAAAGAUAGGGCGUCUAACCCUAAGACUCAAGGAGGUAAUGGUAGUGGAUCUUCAUUGCCUAGGUCUACUUGUUCUAAAUGUGGAAGGAAGCAUGAGAGUAAGUGCCUAGCCAGCACGGAUAGUUGUUUUGGUUGUGGUAAGAGUAGUCACAAAAUGAGGGAUUGCCCAAUGCUUACGGCUAAGGGAAGAGAGGUCAAGCAAGCUCCUCCUAGUGGUUUGAGUUCCAAUGCUCCCAAGCAAAACCGCUUCUAUGCACUUCAAACUCGUAGUGAAGAAGAAGGUUCAACCGAUGUAGUUACCGUGCUACCUUAUCUUUUGUGA